UGGACUUUGAACCUGAAGGAGAGUUAAAGCCAAAUGCAGUGAGGGAAGGAAGUCAUUUCCUCCUUGGAUUUCCCAGCAAGAGCGACAGAGAUGAAAGCCUCUAUUCUUCUUCCUCUUCUCGCUCUCCUUUUUGCAAGCGUGGCCAUCAACCAAAACAGCAUGGCUGCAGCUAGCAACCCAACAAGUAUAGCUGGUUCCCGAAACUCCAUGGGUGUCAUCAUGGACUCCUCUCCUUCCGGCCCGGGCCCCGGCAACACCAGAGAUCCUGGCAACUCCACGGAGCCCAACAACACCACGAACCCCGACAACACCACAAACCCCACUCCUCCGGUCCCAGGCCCCAGCAGCCCCACGAACCCCGACAACUCCACCAACCCCGACAACACCACCAACCCCACUCCUCCGGUCCCAGGCCCCAGCAGCUCCACGAACCCCGACAACUCCACCAACCCCGACAACACCACCAACCCCACUCCUCCGGUCCCAGGCCCCAGCAGUUCCACGAACCCCGACAACUCCACCAACCCCGACAACACCACCAACCCCACUCCUCCGGUCCCAGGCCCCAGCAGCUCCACGAACCCCGACAACUCCACCAACCCCAGCAACACCACCAACCCCACUCCUCCGGUCCCAGGCCCCAGCAGCCCCAUGAACCCCGACAACUCCACAAAGGCUACAACUGUUAGCAGCACAACUGCUGGUCCUAGAAAUCCUUGCAGAGACAAUCCCUGUGAUGGUAGUUCUUCAUGUGUGGCCUUGUAUGAUAGGCAUUUUUGCCUGUGUCCUGAAGGAUAUUACUAUCACUCACUAACAUGCAUGAAAGGAAAAACAUUCCCUGGAGAGGUCACGGUAAAUGUCGCAAACACACCUGACUUUGAAGAUAAGAACUCUGCAGCGUAUCAAAACUUACACGCCACUGUUACCGAGUUUUUUCAAGAUGUGUUCACCAAUGCUGAUUAUGGACAGACUGUAAUUCUGAAAGUAAGCACAUCCCCUUCUCUGUCAGCAAGAUCUGAGGUGCGUGCUGGUAACGACGCUGUCCAUGUGAAAGUAAUAAACAUUUUCUCUCAAAAUUCAAGCGCAAAUGCAAGUACUGUGUCCAAUGCAAUUGAAGCCGCAAUUGCCAACUCAGAUAUCAUUGCGACAUAUAGUGGGCAAGAUCUCUGUGACUAUUAUGGCUGUGUAAAGCAAAAUGAUCAAGAUGAUUGCAGUGAUGGCUUGUCAUGUGUAUGUAAAGAUGGACUGGGCAGACCCAACCCUCUCGUGGGUUUUUGUCUUGCGAAGUGUCCCGACGACUGCAAUGCUGAGAACAAUAAGCAAUGCUUAAUGACCCAGGAGGACCAGAGCCCCAGCUGCACCUGCCUGCCGGGCUACAAGGAUGAUGGCAGAGGGAGCUGUGAAAAGUGUGCAUUUGGCUACAGCGGAGUGGACUGCAAGGACCCGUUUCAGCUGGUUCUCACUAUCGUGGGCACCAUCGCCGCUGUCCUCAUCCUCAGCCUGGUGGUCGCGGUGAUCUGCUGCACAAGAUCCAAGAACAAAAGGAAGAACAUAGAAGAGCAGAAUCUGAUUGACAACGACUUUCAGAGCCUGAAGCUGCAGCAGACGGGGUUCAUCAACAUGGGUGCUGAUGGGAGUCUGUUCCCCAAAGCCAGGACAGGGCCCCCCCGCAGCGUUCAGCCACAAAACCCCUACGCAAACCAGAGGGGCCUACCCUUCCCCGACUACUAGAACAGUAGAACUUUGGAGUCGUCCAUGUACCUGGCCCAGUGCCUGAGCUGCUGUUUGGUGGAGAGGCGAGACCUGGUGAAUCGUGGCCUGCAGGAUCUCUCUCCCACCCCGUCCGCCAGCCUCUCUGAAUGGAAGUUGUGAGCGCUAGGAGUAUGGCUUGCUUCCUGAAUAAGAAUAUGCAGAAUUAAAGGCACAUGGACACUCUCAGCACUUGUGAGGUCGCUGCUUUUCUCCAGUCUGUGUGGACUCCUGAGACAGUGCUUUGGUCUUUCCUCCUACUGGGCUGCGGUAACCAUGUCCCGUCCAGAGGACAGGCCUUGGUGUGGGUCACUCCUGGGAGGAGCCUGUGCCUGACCCACAUUGAUAGCCCACGGGUGAGCGGCCCAGAGUGCCGCGGGGACAAGAAUUGCCAUCUUCUUCCAUGGCUCACUGUGAUAAGGUAAGGUAGGGCUCCUACGUCUAGCCCUCCGGUCAAGGGAUUUUGGCUACCCUGAUACUGCCAGGAGCUUGCAACCUAGCCUCACCCUAGAGACAGCCUUUGCAGGAGCACCGACUGGACGGCCAGGAACUUUUUGAUGUUAAUUAGGCAUCUGGUACUAGAUAGGCUUAAAGUGCUGGUCCAUGGGAGGGGCAGGAUGAGGAGGGGGGCAGCCGCCGGGGUCCACCUCCUCCCCUGCGUUGACCCUUCUCCCAGGAGCGGGCAGGCCUUUCUUCUGAUUCAUGCCCUCCUCAGGACUCGGGGCCUGGGAGAAGCUGUGCAAGCAGGAACUCCAGCCAGGAGCUCCUUCGGCACCUUUGACGUUGCUGAUGUUCCCUUUGGCCGAGGGUGGGAGAGGGAGUGAGUGCCGGGUGUGGGGAGGAAGGAGAAGGGAGGUGUCCCGGUGUCCAAGCUCAGCAGGCUGCUUCCAGAGGGGCGUCACUGGGGCCCAGCCUCCCCUGGAGACAGAGGCUUCAUUGUAACUCCCCCACCACACCCACCCAAGAGUGGGGGCAGCCACGCCCAGCACAGGCUUUAUAAAAUGUUAUUAGUGUCCUUGUUUACGCCUAAUGUCUGGUCCCUGUGCAAGAUAUUUUUAUUCAUUGCUAUUGUUAUGUGUUCUUGGAUAUGAAUGCAAUAAAAUGUCUUUGAUA